AUUACUUCGUGGAGAACAAGCCAGAGGAUUGGAAGGAAAUUGACUUUCUGUUGUGGAUUAACAAGAAUAGAGAAAACUUAAUCACUGGGAACACGUCGCGGGACAGACAGACCAAAUGGCAUAAUUAUUUCCACGACUUGCUAGACGCUAUCAUUUUCCGAUGCAAGGACCUUAUAAAAAAUAAGGCAGAUGAUGAAUUUAUCAAGUUUGCGAUGCACUCAGCGACUAAUCUCAAUAAACACCGGGUCGGGCUUCAGGACAAUCUCUUAGCAGUAUGCUUGAGUGAGAGAUAUGGCAUCUCUGGAUGGAGUGCCGUCUUGGAAAACGAUUUCGAAGGAUGUCCGCGAAUGGUGGGCACUCCGUACAAUACAGGAAAAAAAUCAACAUUUCAAAAUGCGGGAGAAUUUAAUUAUAGCGAAGGACUCUCUGGAACAAGUGAGUUGAAAUGUGGUACAGAAGUGAACAGCAUUGUAAAUGAAUUUACUCAAAUGAAGCAAUUUAUAACAGGUCGAGUGGACAGCAGCCCGCAACCAAACCCAACUCCUAAGCGAGCACAGACCAAGAAAUCCCUAACCCAGGAGAGCCUAUCUUCUGAGGAAUCUAAUCCCUCUCCAAGAUCCUCCCCUAAUUUACAACUGACUUUGCAACCUCUAUCACCCUUCCACACUACAAGUAUUCUCUUAUCUGAUGAUGAUGAACCCGAUUUGACUCUUUCUAUUUCUGGAAUUGUUCCGCUUGACUGCCCAGUUAUCAUCAAUGAUGUUGAGGGACUGCAGCUGGGACCCCCACCUCGACAAGAGUCUAGGUGGCUCAUAAACGAGAUCAAUGUCUCAGAAAAGUGGCAUCAAUUCAAAGAGAAAUCUUUGAAGUUAGCAACAGAGAGGGGGCUUUUUGUAGAGAGUCAUACACAGGAAAUAUUGUCCUUAUCACACAUUCUCCUCCUAAAACCAAAGCAGCAUUGCCCACUAAUGGUGGAAGUUUUUGGUGCUGAAUUAUUGGAAGUGAUGCACAAAGACAUGCUGCAGAGAUUUACUGAACAGGAGACAGAAAUUGAUAUCGAAAUUUUUAUGAAGCUUACACAGAUUGUUAAGCAACUGCAGCAGGGAAAGGUCACAAGGGAUAUUGCAGUUACAGAACUUCAGACACUCAUGAUCAAUCGUUCCUAUGGAGAAAUCUCUAUUUUAAAGGCCAUCAAAAACAUUAUAGAAAAAGUCCCUAGAAACACUUUGAAAAGCCUUGUUGGGGAAGUUGAACUUUGCACUACGUAUAUUGACCCAGUCCUGAGUCCAAUUAUUGCAGACCCUGAUCGUGAUAUCUUUUUGCGUUGGUCAAAUAAAGAGGCACCUGAGUCAAAGGCAAGGAAGUUGAUGGGUAGGGCAAAACAACCCGAUGCCAUCAUAAAUAAUAUUGACCAACUGUCUUGGGGUUCCAGUAGGGGACAUG